AGUUUUCAAUGUGAUUUUCAACAUUUACUGUAAAUUCUUCGAACGUAAUGAAUAUCAAUUAUUAUAUUUCCUGAAUUUUUAUGUUAUUUGUUAGUAUUUAUAAUAAUUAAAGUAUGACUAUUGCAAUACGUAGAGGUGACUCUUUAUCAUCUAGUGGAAAACAGAAUAAGAUAGGUCUCAAUGUAAACGUCUUAGCGCGAAGAUUUUUGUUCCUUUCAAAAAGUUUUAUCACAAUUUUAUUUUAUUCAAUCUAUUGAAUAUUUAUUUCUCAUAGCUUGAUAGAAUAUGGAUCCUGUAAACAAACAAGAAAUGAUAAAGGUUAUAAAAGAUGCUGGAAUAUAUGAGGAUAAUAUGUCAAAGGAGCAAAUGGAACAAUAUUAUAAAGCAGUCAUAAAUUCUAAAGAUACAUCUUUAUGUGAAAAAGAACCACUGGUAAUUCACAAUAGUCCUGAAGAUAUGUUUGAAUCGGAUAUUGAUUCACAAACUCAGUUAGACAACAGUGAUCUUGAAUCUAGCUCUUUAAAAUCGAAGAUGAGGAAUUGUAAUAAAAGAAGCACAGAGGAGAACGAAGAUGACAGCAUUCCUCAAGAUGCAACAAAAGCUAGUUUUACUUUUAAUGAUAUGCCCAAAGAUGAUGGCUGUCCUUUAGAAAUAAUUUUUCAUGAACCAAAAUACAUAAGCAUACAAAAUAGUAAAAUAUUCAUUAAUGCCGAUGUACAGACUAAAGCGAAGAUGUUAUUUGAUUACCAUAGUGAUAUGGAGAAAUUGAGAGCUGAUUUAUCAAGACAAUCGUUAUUCUCGGCACCAAGACCAAAACCUAUACAGUUAACUAAUUUUAAUUCUGUUUCUGAAGCCUUUGAGGAAACCGAAGAAACGUAUGUUAGUAGAGCGGGGAGACAAACAAAAAGAAAAAUAUAUAAUGAUGAUGAUGACGAUGAUAUUUCUACUUCCCCUCCCAAGCAACCAAAAUUGAAAUCUGUAGAGAAGCCUAAGUGGCAAUCUAAAACGAAACCCAAUAAGAAAGUUGAAUCUGCAGAGGAACCAAUGGAAUCGGAUUUAACUGAGGUAGUUCAGAGUGAAGUGCCAAAAAUAUCUGCCAGAUCAAAGAAAACAUUGUCCAAUAUUGAAAUAAUGAACCGAUCUACGUUAUUUGCAGAUUCUCCUUCGAAAAGGUUAACAAGAGCAGAAAAAUUAUUUGAUAAAUUAAAAGAAGAUGAUAUAAAAAAACAGAGAGAGGAACGAGAGCUAGAGGCUUUUGAUAAAACGUUGACAUCUAAUAUUGAACAGUCAGAACAGAAUGAAGAAGACUCUAUACAUGUUACCAAUGUUGAUGUUGAGUUUCCUAAACGUGUGAUUCCCCCUAUUCCAACUAAAAGGAAGCCAAUCAAUACCAGGACACAAACCCAAAAAUCGAAUGUUAAAAAUCCUGCUCAACACAAAGAAAUUGAACUGUUCGAACCAGUUAGGCCUUCAACAAGUCAACAUGAUAAUUCUACAAAUGUGCAAUGUCCUAUUUGUGCAAGACUGUUCACAGAAGAUGUAAUUGAGGAACACGCUUCAAAUUGCGGUGAAGAACAAGUAAUAGCUACAAAAGUUUUUACAUGUAAAAUAUGCGACAAAGUGGUUUCAUCUAAUAUCAGAUUACAUAUAAAUGUAUGUAGGAAGCGACAAGAAAAAAUAGUUAGCGAAAGGGAGUAAAUUUUAAUUUUUCAUAUAUUUUAUAUAUUGUUUUUGUUGAUUAUAUGUAAGAUUAUUUUGUUAACUAACAACGUACAAUUAUUUGUUUUAAACAGGGGGUUAAUAGAAUAAUACAAAAGUAAAUUUAAGGUUCAAAUGGUACGGUUAAAAUUAAAUCUACUUGAAAAUUACGGUUUUAUAUAAGGAUAAUCGAAACUAUUGCGAAAAGUUUGUUUUUGAUCCUGUUAUGAUGAUUAUACAGUGUGGAACAGCCAAAUGGAAUAAAUUCCACCACGAAUGUCUUAACAAUAUGCAAAUAUGAUAUAGAAAUGUCUUCUAACGUUAUUCAACAUCUCAGACGUGACUGAUCUAAUUGCAAGCCCUAUUCGUCUUUUUAAGUUAUCUAAAAGUUGAGUGAUUUACUUUUGUAUAUAAUACUUCUGAUAUAUAUCCACAAAAAGGAGUUUAAUGACGUCAAAUCAGGAGAUUUAUAGAUCCGCGCUUCCCUAUCCACAGAUUUGGAUAAAAUUGGUUCAGGUACUGUCAGACAUUGAUUUGGUAAUGGGGCGUUGCUACUUUUUGCUGCAACCAUAUUAUAAUCACAGGAACGUGAGGAUUUGCUAUAGCAGAGUUGACACGACAUUAUUUUGAAGUUAUUCUAAAUAUUUAUCUUCAUUUAAGUUGCAAUCAAUGAAAAAGGGGUAUAAUUUUCAACAAUUCCUGUCCAAACAUCUACUCUUUCAGGAUGUUCUUCUCUCAUCCAGUGAGGAAAACAAAAGAUGGAAUGCUUUUUAUUUUUCUUCAAUAUUCGAAAAAUUGAUGUGUGGCUAACCUCAGUUUAGACCAGAAUCAUGUGGUUUUUCUUGAAAUUAAUGCAUAAUAUUCUCUUACUGCAUUGGCAGCUACUUUUUUCAUCUGUCUAACAUGAUCAAACUUCCUUUCUAUUUGGUUAAUUGUUCUUCGGGACCAACUUGGAAAGUUUUCAUGAAAUAAACAAGCAACUCCCGUUUGAACUAAAAUCUUAGCUUCAGUCUCUGAAGACUUGGGUAUCUAAAUGUGCGUCAGAUAGUGUAGCGUUAGUGUAGUGGUGGUAUAUUAUUAGUAUAUAUAAUUCUGUCCAAUCUCGAUUUAACGUCUAUAUUCUAUCUCCAUGCUCUGUUUCUUAUUUCUUUGGUUUUGUAUUGUGGUCCAUGUAUCUGCCCCGAAACAUAGUAUAGGAGUCACUAUUUAAAAAAAAUUAUGUUAUAUAUAAAGUAUUCAACAAAAAUAAUUUUUGUCACAGUUUUGUAUUAAAAAUGACUUUUAAUAUGGAUAUUUUUCCCAUCUAAACGAUGUUUUAGGUUAAUAAUUGUCCGUUGUUUGUUGUUUGUUAUUCAUCAUAUAUAGGGUAUUAUAUUUUUUUACAAAUUAAAAUAAUAAUUUUUGG